AUGCCUCAGUGUACGCGCUCAUCGUCCCGUGUCAGAUCAAAGCCAUCACCAUCCGCCUCCCUGCCUUCUCCAGCAGCCACCCGCACAUCUCCUCACGCCUCGAAGUAUAUCAACCUGCCUCGUGCCUCCUCGGAAUCGGCCAUCGCCUCUGUUUCUUCUCCGUCUCUCCUCAAACUUCCUCCGUCGCACACUUCCUUCCUGGCUGGCCUCCAGCCACCUGCCACCGCACCCUGGUCUUCUUCCGAGCCCGAAGCAUACCUCAAGUGGGUUCCUGCUUGGUGGCACGACGAGUCUCAUGCAGAGUACAAGCUCGCCGCGAUCGACAAGAAGAGCGAGAACGAGUGGGACUAUUUGGAAUCCGCCUGGCUGGACAAUUCGCGCAGCAAGUCACUUGGGAGGAGGCGCUUUACGACGCCGCAGCUGCAAUUGUUGGAAGUACAGUGGAGUUUGGAUACAUGUCCCGAAAAGGUCGAACGGCAGAGGUUGGCAAGAUAUAUGGGUACCAAGACCAAGCACGUCAACAUCUGGUUUCAAAACCGCCGGCAGUAUACCAAGAAAGCUCAGACUGAUGGCGAAGAUCCUCAGCCCGCCUAUCUUGCGGUAGAGGGUCUGGUUCAGCCUACAUCCGCAAUGAAGAGCAUCGUCCAGAUGAUUGUUGCUGGUCAGCUCCAUCACGACAAUUGCCUCUUGCUAUGGCAGCUGGCGACCUCACGACAGCUACGUCCAGGCCCGACCGCCCUGCCCGCCGAAAACUCCUUCGCCUGGCUUCAGCCGCUCCUACGCCCGAUCUCACAAUCGAUCUUGGUCUCUCCACGCCCGCCGUCAGCAAUAGUAGCCCCCUCUCUGCCAAACGCCGAAGCGCUCCCGGAACCUCGAAGAGACCAGUACGAAUGA